AUGCUUCCUGGUUUCACCCGAUUGUCGCUGAAACAGACGGAAGGAAGACGCAUUCAUGCUCUGUUUCAGCGGCUCGAAUUCACUGAGUUUCUACAGGAUACGGUGAUGUUGGCGCUCAAAUUGUCCGCAACGUUGCUCUUGGUGUUCUUGUCGAUCUGCUUCGCCCGUGAAAGCAUUGCUAACUGGGAAGCCUGCGGUGGAAGGUUGGAACGUGCUUUGGACGCGCUCCACAGGGAUUCAAGCAGGAGACACAGACUGGAGGAGGAGGAAUCGGGAACGUCUUAUCAGCAAGAACUACGUUCUGCACCUCUUGAGAUGUCAGUCUCCCGGAUUGCUGUUAAACUCCCCCAAGGCGCCAGAGACACCGUAUCCCCGUGGGCAAGGGUAGACAGAUGCAUCUACGAGCCCGGCAACAAUUCCCUGCAGACCCGAGUGAUGUUUAACGACCUUUCUGUUUCGGGUAUGGUGUCGUUAACGCCGCGAGAUCGUCAGCCACCAAUUCCAGCUGAAUCCUGCAGAAUGAGUCUACGAUUGAGACGCGCGGGAAUCGACUUCGUGACCAGCCCAAUCGCGAGGGGUAGAGGGCAAAUGCGAAUUCGGACUGAGUCUAGCUUCCUGGAGCCGCGAUUCGCCUCCAUUUAUGCUUACGGUUGUCAGACCAGGCGUUUAGAUAAGCAGAUCAAGAGGCAGGAUAAAUGGCCACCGUUCAAUCCAACUCGGGAUGAGUACACCGUGCUGCCUCCAACGCAAAAUGACGACUUCGAAGUAGCGGAACCGCGUCAACUAGUAGGGGUUUCGAAAGAAGUCGAUGUCGACAUACCGAAUGAGACUCGUCAUUCCCGUUUCCUGAGCCGGCCGGUUUCAAAAUUGGGCAUUUGGCGGAAGAACGUUUGGCUGACCAGGCCGUUGUCUCGCGAAAGGAGAUCUCUUUCGGGCUCCAAUGUCCUCGAAGGUUCUUCGAGCGUUCCCCGUUUCCUGGGAACUUUCGACAUUGGCCAGGAAGCCGGUGAUCAUCUCGAGAGGAUAUCUAGAUCCGUAGAGACCAUCACCCCGCAGGAUUUCGCAACUGCAUUGUCCAGCAAGAGAUUGAAAACAAACGGAACCAACAAUUGUACACAGCAACAGAGCAAUUUAGAGAACAGUACAGAGAGUUUCUUGAGGAGCUUGAACGACAGCGAGCCAAAGAAUAAUUUCAAGAGAGAGAACAGCUAUCAGAAAAGCGAGCACUCGAAAGAGACCAGGCAGAUAUAUCCCGAUGAGAACUUGGAUAGUGUAUUUCCGCAUGAUUUCGAAAAUGAUGGCAAAGGAUGGCAGUCCAAAGAGCACAUAGCUAGGGAAAUGGAGGAUGUGUUUCUUAGAGGUGCUAGCCAGGCUCUGACUAAGUUUAUCGAGAGACAACUGCAUCCAGCUAUCAAAGAGACUCUAAUGACUUCUAUGGGGUAUACUAUUAGUUAUGGAUAA